CUCGAUCAAAUAAAAUGAAGAUCCGCCACCAUAGCAUUUCGUAACUCGAGUGCAUUUGACAAGAGUUCGUUUCCUGCCUGCACGGUCUUCCAUCAUCAUCCCCAUGGCGCUUCGAUUCAUCACCAAGUCGAUGCCUUCGGCCAUGGCCCGCAGCCAACGCCGCUUUCUUGCGCCCACGACCGCAUCGAAACACAUGUCCACGGUUGUCGGAACUGGCGAGUUCCCUGGUGGACAAACGGUGCCGUACGUAAACAAGAUCACGGUGUUGGACCCGAAAGAGCAGGAUAUCAUUCCUGCCUACCGAAUCUUGGAUCAGCAAGGCAAACUCGUGACCGGUGGUCAAGUCCCCGAAGGCCUCAACGAAGAAGUGAUCGUCGACUUGUACAAGAACAUGGUUCGCUUGAACCAAAUGGACAAUGUCUUUUACGACGCCCAACGCCAGGGUCGUAUUUCGUUUUACAUGACCGCAUUUGGAGAGGAAGGCACGUUGUUUGGCAGCGCAGCCGCCAUCAAACCUCGGGACAUGGUGUUUGCCCAAUACCGCGAAGCCGGCGUGCUAAUGUACCGCGGGUUUACGUUGGACCAGUUUGCCGAUCAAUUGUUCAGCAACGAAGGCGACUUGGGCAAAGGCCGUCAGAUGCCCGUGCAUUAUGGCUCCAAAGAAUUGAACUACCAGACCGUGUCGUCGCCGCUGGCCACUCAACUCCCCCAGGCGGCUGGGGCUGCGUAUGGCUUUAAAGUGGCCAAGGAAGACCGCAUUGCCAUUUGCUACUUUGGCGAAGGCGCUGCCAGUGAAGGCGAUUUCCACGCUGCACUCAACUUUGCGGCCACGCGCGACUGCCCCGUGCUCUACUUUGCAAGAAACAACGGAUAUGCCAUCAGUACGCCCGUGAAGGACCAGUUCCGAGGCGACGGAAUUGCGUCCCGCGGCGCUGGCUACGGUAUCCCCGUGAUCCGAGUGGACGGCAACGACCUGUUUGCCGUGUACGAAGUGACCAAGAAGGCCCGCGAAAUGAUCUUAACCGGGGGGCGCCCUGUGCUCAUCGAAGCCAUGUCGUACCGCCAAGGCCACCACUCGACGUCGGACGACUCGACCCGGUACCGCGAAGUGUCGGAGAUCAAGUUCUGGAAGGACACCAACUGCCCGAUCAACCGGUUGAAGCUGUACAUGCUGGACCAAGGGUGGUGGUCGGAAGAGCGGGACCAGGCGUUGAAAGAUGCCGAGCGCAUCAACGUAUUGCAAUCCCUCGCGAAAGCCGAAGCCAAGGGCAUACCUGAGAUUCAAACCAUGUUUGACGACGUCUACUUUGAAAAACCGCGCCACAUUCAGGAGCAAGAAAAGGAAAUGCUCGAGCAUUUGGCCAAGUACCCAGAACAUUAUUCGUCGGGGGGACAUUAGACAGUUAUAACAAGCCACAACGCUAGUAGUACAAAUACAGUAACGUGAAGAUUCGAACGAUCGGUUGGAGGAUGGA